GGGGGCUGAUUCGGUUACUCUCUGGGAGGGAGGUGUGGGUCUGGUGCCCGAGGGGCUCGUGCGUUCUUCGCCCGCGGGCUUCUGAUUGUCUUUUGCUGCGGCUGUUCUUGUUGUCUGUCUUUUUGCCUGAGAGCCCCGGGCUGCAGGGGCCAGAGUGAGCGCGCCUCCCGCAGACGCUGCUGACCAGAACAGAAACGGCCCGUGCGAUAUAUAUAAAUCUUGGUAGACAGCGUGGCUGCAGGCCGUUGAGCUCGAAUUCCCUGUGGCUUUCCGAGCCAAGAGCAUUUGCUUGGAGCGUGGAGUCCAGCCUGCAAGCUGCAUCAUGCCAGCUUUGUCAACAGGCCCCGGCAGUGACACAGGUCUGUAUGAGCUGUUGGCUGCCCUGCCAGCCCAGCUGCAGCCACACGUGGAUAGCCAGGAAGACCUAACCUUCCUCUGGGAUGUGUUUGCUGAAAAAAGCCUGCAUUCACUGGUAAAGAUUCAUGAAAAACUACACUACUAUGAGAAGCAGAACCCUGUGCCCAUUCUUCACGGCGCAGCCGCCCUGGCUGACGAUCUGGCUGAAGAGCUUCAGAACAAGCCAUUAAAUAGUGAGAUCAGAGAACUGUUGAAACUACUGUCAAAACCCAAUGUGAAGGCUUUACUCUCUGUACAUGAUACUGUGGCUCAGAAGAAUUAUGAUCCAGUAUUGCCUCCUAUGCCUGAUGAUAUUGAUGAUGAGGAAGAUUCAGUAAAAAUCAUACGCCUGGUCAAAAAUAAAGAACCACUGGGAGCCACCAUUAAGAAAGAUGAGCAGACCGGGGCCAUUGUGGUGGCUAGAAUCAUGAGAGGAGGGGCUGCAGACAGAAGCGGUCUGAUUCAUGUUGGUGAUGAACUUAGGGAAGUGAAUGGAAUACCAGUGGAAGAUAAAAAGCCUGAGGAAAUAAUUCAGAUUUUGGCUCAGUCUCAGGGAGCAAUUACAUUUAAGAUCAUACCCAGUAUCAAAGAGGAGACACCAUCUAAAGAAGGCAAGAUGUUUAUCAAAGCCCUCUUUGACUAUGACCCUAAUGAGGAUAAAGCAAUUCCCUGUAAGGAAGCCGGGCUUUCUUUCAAAAAGGGAGACAUUCUCCAGAUUAUGAGCCAAGAUGAUGCAACCUGGUGGCAGGCGAAGCAUGAAGGUGACGCCAAUCCCAGGGCAGGCUUGAUUCCUUCAAAGCACUUCCAGGAAAGGAGAUUGGCUCUGAGACGACCAGAAAUAACAGCUCAGCCCCUGAAACUUUCCAACAGGAAAUCAUAUGAGGAAACAGUUGAGUGUGAGGAAAUUAAAGAAGAUGCUGAUUCUGCUGGUAACAACAAUGGAACCUAUAUAGCUGGUUUUAGAAGAAGUUUUCGUCUUAGUAGAAAAGAUAAGAAAACAAACAAAUCCAUGUAUGAGUGCAAGAAGAGUGACCAAUAUGACACAGCUGAUGUACCCACAUACGAGGAGGUGACCCCCUAUCGGCGACAAACGAAUGAGAAGUACAGACUUGUUGUCUUGGUUGGUCCUGUAGGUGUAGGUUUGAAUGAACUGAAACGAAAGCUGCUGAUGAGUGACACGCAGCACUAUGGUGUGACAGUGCCCCACACUACUAGAGCGAGAAGAAGCCAGGAGAUUGAUGGUGUUGAAUAUAUUUUCAUUUCCAAGCAUUUGUUUGAGACAGAUGUACAAAAUAACAAGUUUAUUGAAUAUGGUGAAUAUAAAAACAACUACUAUGGCACAAGUAUAGACUCAGUUCGGUCUGUCCUAGCUAAAAACAAAGUUUGUUUGUUGGAUGUUCAACCUCAUACAGUGAAGCAUUUAAGGACACUAGAAUUUAAGCCCUAUGUCAUAUUUAUAAAGCCUCCAUCAAUAGAGCGUUUGAGGGAGACAAGAAAAAAUGCAAAGGUUAUUUCAAGCAGAGAUGACCAGGGUGCUGCAAAGCCCUUUACGGAAGAAGACUUUCAAGAAAUGAUUAAAUCAGCACAGAUAAUGGAAAGUCAAUAUGGUCAUCUCUUUGACAAAAUUAUAGUAAAUGAUGAUCUCACCACGGCAUUCAAAGAGCUAAAAACAACUUUUGACAAAUUAGAGACAGAGACUCAUUGGGUCCCAGUGAGCUGGUUACAUUCAUAACUAAGAAAGUUCUAUCGUCAUCUUUUAUGGUAGAGUAUAUGAUUGUAUCAGUUACCAUUUUGGUGGUAGGGUUUUUUAAAGAAAUCUGUAUCACUGUCAUAGAUGUGCAGUCUUGGUUAAAACUGAGUGUUGGUUUUGUUUGCAUCUUUUUUACAGCCCUAUUUCAAACACAUUUGUUGAGUAUAAGAUCCAAAAUUGAAAUCUGCACAGUACUGUAUUCUGAGCAAAGCUUUGAACUUUAUGUAUGUCUUUAAUAUAUAGCUCUUUCUCCAGGAUAAGGUUGAACUUUUUAGACAGACAUGACUACAGAAUAAAUUAAUUAGAAUUCAGUGCUUCAGCUGGUCUCGGACAUAGUCACUGCCAUCAAGUCUGCAUGUUAGCAGUUGAAAGAAUUAAUUUAGGGCCUUGGCCGGUUAGGUCAGUAGGUUAGAGCAUCAUCUCUAUGUGCCAGGGUUGCUGGUUUCAUUCGUGGUCAGGGCACAUACAAAGAAUCAACCAAUGAAUGAAUAAGCGGAACAGCAAAUCGAUGUCUUUCUCUCCUCUCUCUUUCUCUCCCCCCUUCUACUCCCCUGUCUCCCCCUCCUUCCCUCUCUAAAUAUCAAUGAAUAAAUUUUAAAAACAUUUUUUAAAAAUUAACAGCCUUGAGCAGCUCCAGGCAGACAGGACAGCUUUGCUGUUUCUUUAGCGGAUCAUCACAGGCAUCUUCUUUCUAUUCUAAAAAGUGCAACCUUUUUCUUAUGUAUAUACAGUACAGGAAGUCUUCACUUAAUGUCAUUGAUAGUGGGUAUUUGGUGACAUAUAAGGAAACCAAUUUUACUAUAGGCUAAUUGAUAUAAAUGGGAGUUAAGUUCUUAUAGCAUCUCAUCAACAUUAUAAUGAAACUUAUGUUGUAAUUGGAAGACCUGCUAUACAUUAUGUUCGCGGCAUGUGCAUUUAAAAAUCAUUCUUAAAGGAAUUACUGAACACCUGCCUUAGUGGCCUUCAUGUUAUAGCUUGAGAAGGACUUGUGAGGACAUAUCAGCAACUCAACAAAUAUUUAGGGAAUAUAGGGAAGACAGGCUUAAAUUUUACUAUAUAUGUAACUAAAAAAUUUCCUUACAGCAUUAAUCUUAAGAUGUUGAUAUCAUGGGUCAAGAAAUGAUUACAAAGGACAUUUUUAUUUGCAUAUCCUUAGAUAAUAUUCCUGGCUUUGGAUUUUCCUCAUAAAUUCUAAAAAUGUGAUUACUAUUCUAAAAGCAAAGCUUUUAGAAAAUACAGUUAAAUACAGUUAAAGAAAAAUUUUCAAAUAUGCACAAUUUAUCACCACAUGUUUAAAUUCUACUGAGAUGUAUUUCAGGAAACCCUUCAUGUAUUUUUAACUUAUUUAUUUAUCAUCAAAAUAAUUCUUAACACUGUCCAGAUACCAUCCUAAUCUUGUCAUUUUUAAGAAGUUUAAGAAAGGCUCUUAUAAUGUAAAUAUUUAGAUGGGAUCUCUCAUUUUUCUUUGAUACUGCUGAUCUUCAGCAAGUAAAUUAUAUAGCUCAAAAUAGUAGAAAUGUCCAUAAGUUAUAUGAGAGUAUGUCCUGCCAUUCUUGCAUGCAGUAAGAUCCUACCAAUCAAAAAAUCAUUGUAUCUGGGACUUUCAAACAGAAAAAAUAUCUUUUGUUGAUUUGUGAAGCUGUCAUGUUUAAAGAAAACAUGAUGUCAUGUUUAAAGAAAAACAGAAUGUAGUGGAUUUUAUAUAUUUAUGAACUAUUUGAAAGGCAUAUUUUUUUAAAUUAUCAGAUGGGGCUAUUCAUAAAAUAAAUUAUAUGUAUAGAUGGCAUAACUUAAAAUAGUGUUUUAUAAGUCAGGGUCAGCAUUCCAUGUAAAUAUUUGACCUUUAUUCAUACAGAGAUAGGCACACUAGUGUGCUAAUAUAUAUGCACCCGCACGUUUGGUAGCUUAUCCACUGGAUGUUCUUCAGACAUGUCAAAUUUCCUAUUAGAAGCAGAGACAAAAGCUACUAUAAUGACCUUGAUGCACACACCAAAAUAUUUAGGUAAUCAGACUAAAUGUUACUUACCAACAAAAUCCAAACAAUGACUUCUGUAUUUAUUAACUAAAUAGUAAGCAAUAUAGUUUUUUAAAAAGAGGGGAAGGGAUCACCAAAUCUGAUACUAAAGCAUACUUAAAAUUGUGUGACUGGUGUAAGAAAAUACAAGUCUUACUUGGUUUGACUAUUGACAAAAAUAUCCUUAAAAGCAAGGUUUCCUAUACA